GAAUCACAAGAUCUGAACGAGGAGAAUCAAGAUCUGAGUCGAUGCUUCAAACGUCUCAAUCGAUGCAUUCAAUCAACUGCUGGUGCAGCCAAAUGCAAUGAAACAUGUCUUGCUAUCAGACGAAAGAAAGUACAGAUCGGCGAUACUGUAAAUGAUCGUGUUGAUAUAGAACUGCACAAAGAGAAAGAUUUGCUCACGGAUUGCAAUAAACAAUUGAAACAACUUUCGGCUUACGUUGAAAAGCAACUCGAUACUAACGAAGCAGCGAAAAAAGCGUUGAUGCGAGACUGGACAUUGAAACAAGAAGCAAUUGCUCUGGAUAACAGAUCAGCUUCGAUGGGCACUGAUCACAAAUUGGCAACGUCUACAACAACACCGGACGGCGAAAGACUAGAAUACAGGGACGGAGCACCAUUGAAUCGAAUGAGCGAAUAUCCAGAAUGGGUUGAAAACACUGCUAUCAAUUUAAACCAGUCAGCUAGAGCAAGAGUUCACUCGAGGAAAUUGACACAGGUUAGUUUCAUUUCAUUGCAUUUAUUGUCAGCAUUACCAUCUGUUAUUGGUAAAGAUAAAGAAGUAAAAACGGCCGACAUUGCGAUUAACGAAAUUCAGCUAGCGUUAAAACAGAAAGGAUCGCCUUUACAGGUUGCUUUAAGCCGCCAAACGCAGCGUGGUUUAAGACCGGGUAUAGAACUGUGUAAUGAUAAGGCACAACAUGCGUUACACGCUGAACUCAUGAACCUCAAAUCAAGUCUUCUUUCCUUAGAGCAUCAAUUAGAACCGAUGUCAAUCGCAGAUCGAGCUCGUGAAAGUCGUAAGAAACUGGAGGGUGAACGAUUCAAGGUGCGCCGAAAGUUGGAGAUUUGUGAUCAAAAUUUGGCGAUUGACAACGAAAUACUGCGUUCAAUCCGUACUUCAUAUCCACAAGAAAUUCAACUGGCCGGAUUCCUUAUCUCGGAGAAUUAG